AGGAUUAGUUCCCACCGACGUGCCCACGCAUACGCCUCACACCACCUACCCAAUCAUCGCGGCAGAGAAAACCCGAUCGUGUUCGCUGUCGCCGCCUGCAGAAACAUCCGACCUCGUCCAACGCGUGACAACCACUGGCACACGACAAGACCGAGUGCAGAAGACACCGUUUUCGUGGCCCACAUUUGCCGAUUUUCCGUUGUCGAACAGACUCUUUUCACCUCUCUGCCUCUUUGCUUUUGCCUAACUGCAGCAAGCGCCUACCAUGUCAUCACCAGUGGUGCGUGCGUCUGCCAACGUCGAAGACGAAGACGCGUACACCUCUUUACUGGGCAUUUGUACUGAACUUAUCAUCAGCGAAGGCACCGACGACCCACCCAUACACGAUGCCCUGGGAGUUCUACACGGAUUGUUGCACUGUGAGCACCUCAGCGGAGACGCCACAGUGCUCUCCGUGCGGGCCGUACGCAUCUUGGUGGACAAGUUUAUUCCCACGCUGAAGUCGAAGUCGCGUGCAAAGCUGGUGGAGUGUGUGCGGGCGGCCCUCCGUCGCAUGAAGACCGUCGCCGGGGACGCCGCUCGCGGCGCCUUCACUUUUGUCCACACGAAACUCUGGGAGUUGCAGGAGGAGCUGCUGCAGUGCAUGUCGACAGCGGCGCAGAGCGACGACAUCGUCCGCGCCGCUCUCCCGCCGCCCGAAGAGCAGUUGAGAUUCUGCGUAUACGUGAUGGACACGUCGCUGGAUAUGUGCCUGCAGGCGCUGCGGAUGUGUUGCGUGUUGCUGCGCAGUGGAAGCACCAACUACCCCGGCUCCCCCGUGUCGGCGCGCAUCCGUCGGGUACUUCGCGAGAAGCUGGCCGCGCUGGAGUCGAUGGAGGUGAAUCAGGACUGGCUGCGCCUCCUGCGGCACUUGACGGAAGGCUUUGUGACCAUAAAGGCCUACGUCACUGGGACAAGUAGCAACGCGUCACCUCUCGCAAAAAGUGCUCCCACUUCGAUGAAGAACAGCAAACGUGAGCGUAGCGCAUCCGUCACGGCAGCGAACUUUGCUGCGGGUGAUGCGGACGGCGCUGCGCUGAAGGGCGAUGAGGUAUUGACGUGGCUGCGUCUGUGCCAAAAGGUAUGUGCCACCCCGCGCCUCGACCGCGGCUUUCGCAGCACCGUCUUUGGUUGCGCGAGCACCGUGCUCUCGACGGAGCCUGCACUCAACGCGGUGCCGGCCACAACGUGCGUGGCACUGAUCGUGGACCUUGCUCGAGAGUUGAGUCGCAACGUGCGCACCACGCUGACCAUCACAAACCCGUUCAUCAACCGCGAAAAUGUGUCAGGGGCGCCAGCGACGUCGUCAAACGCGGGUCCAAACCCUUUCGGCGAUCUAGACGGCGAGAACGACGAGGACGAGGAUCAGGGGGAGGACUUGCUAAACAACGGUGAGGGAGUCAAGUGGCACACGCCAGAGCCAGAGUGGCCGCUGCUCGUGUUGAUCUCGGUUCUGUUGUCAUCCGCCACGAUGGCGUCAGCGGAGUACAUGUGGUGGUGGGUGGGCGACGACGAGUACGCGCGACGCUUUGCGAAGGACGACCGCGCCCAGCUGACGCGCGCCUUCUUCGCCGCCGGUGAUGCGGUGAAGCUGCGGAAGCGCGGCAGUCGCGUCUCUCUCUCCGCGAUGCGCGAGAUUCAGUGGCCGUUUGCGAACAGCUACCGGAUUGUGUUUCAGCCCAUCCCGUGUGCCUAUGACGUGACGACGUGCGCCGCGCCGUCUCUGCAGGCACUGCCGCCCAGGCGUGCGCAGGAGCAGGUCGCAGCCCUCCGCAAGUGCGACCUGAAGAAUCUAUUUGAGCACCUUAGCGCCGCGACCCGCCACGAAGGGCCCAUUGCGCAGUACGGGCAAACAGUGCUGCUGACGUUGCUGCUCGCGGUUGGGCCCGACUCCACCGACGUCACCCGGUCAGCCCUGCGCAGCUUCCUGGCGGACGCGUCCACCGCCUUGAUUGAGCGCGUUUCCGAAUCGCUUCUCGGUCACGACCGGGCCUGGGCCGGCACCCUCGUGGAGGUGGGCGUGGCGGAAACCAUUUUGCGCCGCAGCACCGCCGUGACACCGGAGCGCAGCCCUGUGGUGCGCAUGCUGCGUCGCGAGGCGGCCAGUUUGCCGGUGACGCCGCCCCUCCUGCCGCAGCGUUCGAAUAGUCCGGCCGAUCCGGCGCAGCUGAAGCGCAUUUUUCAGUACGGCGGUCGGGAGGAGCUGCGGGAGUUGCUGACGUCGCUAACGGACGGCGACUCGCCGUGGAACACGACUCCCUGCUUGGAGGCUGCGACGAGUCUGGCGGCGGCCGCCGCAUCGGCACGUACUGCCGGCAGUAACACCUCCGCUGCGUGGGUUGCACAGGUGGAGAAUACCAUUGCUAGUGUGGUGCUAAAGCAUCUUCAAGACAUCGCCUUGCAAUUUCAGUCCGCGAAAAGCUUAAAAGAAACGGUGGAGGACGCGGAGGUGGUGCAGCUGGAGUUGUGCAGCGCUGGUCUCUCCCCUGCCUUUUGCUGCCCACAGCAGCACCCUCUGCAUCACCACCACAGUACCAACUGGACGUGCGACACCUGCGCAGCAAAAGGACUCGACAACGCCUGGUCGUGUCGCCUGUGCAACUACGAUUUGUGCGCAAAGUGUGCCCGUACAAGGUGCAAUCGUGUCGAGGGUGCCGUCACCGCCACAGCGCUGGAUGUGCUGGUAAAGGUGCGCUCCGAGCUGCACCAACCACCGCAGCAGCAGCAACAGAAACAGCAGCCCGCGGCCGGCAGAGCACCGUCCGAAAACCUUCUUGAGUUCUUCACGGACGACGGCGGCUUCGUUUCCGCCGCCACCCCACUCGCCUGUCUACAUCAACGCCCCCUGCACGUGGCGGAGCUGUGCAAGCUGUGUGCGUGCGGCUUUGUCUGCCCGCAACCGGUGAGGAGUAGCCUGGCCACCGUGGCACCGGCGGACAACGCUACGACGGAUCUCCUGGGCGUGUUACUCCGCAGCUUUGGCGCGUCCUGUGGACAGGACGUGGGGGUGCAGCGAAGCCUGCUGAAGGCGUACGAGGAUGCGGGGAUGCGUGUCUUCCUCGGCGGCGCCCGCGCCGUCCCGCCGUCGCUGCGCCGAGUCAUGCGUGGUCUGGCGCCUCAUCUCCCCCUCGCUGUAAAGCACACCGUGGCGCGCUACUUGGCGGUUGACUGCCGGCGCUACGCGUUUCAAGUGCUGCACGACGAGUCGGCGGCCGUCCUGUCGAUGGUAACCGGCGUGACGGCGGAGUCCACGCGGAACCACCGCAUUCAGGUGCCGCGCGGCGACAAGACGGCGAUGAUCCGCAUUUUGCACGACGGCUUCCGCGCGCUGCUGUCGCCGGUGCUGCGGGUCGACUUCAUCUUUGAGGGCGAGGAAGGCUUCGGGAGUGGGCCAUCGCAGGAGCUCUACACCGAGCUCUCCGCGUACUUCCGCGCGGAGAGGAAGUUCUGGUUCGUGACGAACGACGACGGCGGCGCAGACCCGAUAGUACUGCCGUUUCCGAGUGCCACGGCGCUUUUCCUGCAGGAGUUCUUCGUUCUCGGUGCGGCGUGCGCGCGGUCCUUCGUGGAUGACUUUCGUAUGAACCUGGACCUUUUGCCGGAGUGCUGGAACUUGCUCCGAAUUCCCUCGCUGGGGGUGCUGCUGGAAGGUCACCAGCACCGCACCGUAGGAACGACGGUCCACGAAGGACUGGAGAAGCUGCUCGAGGUGCUCGACCCGUCGCUCCAUCGCACCUUCACCCAGCUGCGCACCACCUCAGAAACGCAGCUCGCCGCGAUGGAGCUGGAGAUGGACGACGGCACACCAAUCACGACGCAUGCGGGACUGAAUGCCCAUAUCGAGCACACCAUCCUCACGCGUUACGAGAUUGCGUUGGAGAACUUGCGACAGUUUCAGUGGGGCCUGCUAUACGUGUUGGAACUGCCGUCUCUGGACUGCUUGAGCAACAGCGAGCUCAGCGCCGUGCUGUGUGGCGCGGACAGGGAGGGGGAGGGCCCGCUAUUCACCGAGGACGAGUUGAGGACGCAGACGACCGUGGGCAACGGCUACAGCAGCGACAGCCCGCACGUGGAAAUGUUCAUCUCCAUUGUGGGCAGCGAGCUGACGCGGUCGCAGCAACACGACUUCCUCGAAUUUCUCACGGGUACACCGCGGCUGCCGCUUAAUGGGCUUGCGGGUUUGGGACGUCUCAUCACGGUCGCGAUGAAGGACAUGGAGGGGGCGAAGGAGCUCACGCUGCCGUCGUGCAACACCUGCUUCCUUUACCUGAAGCUGCCACCGUACACUACCCGUGACAUCAUGAAAGCGCGAUUGUUGCUUGCUGUCACGGAGGGACGCCGCAACUACAGUUUGUCGUAA